UAUCGUAGGAAUUAGUUAGCUGUAAGUCAUUAAGUUCCGUGGGCACUGAAUGCGAUAAUUUCCCACCUCGGCGUUGCCGCAAAAUCGUGCAGUCCCCAUCUCGACAACGUCAUGUUGUCCAUUGAUUACCUAAUACUUAAUCGCCGCUGGGGCCCGAAAGCCCCCCGUACCGCCCCCGGUACACGUAAUUCCGCCAUCUCCUGACAGUUUUGAAGAUUGAAUGAAUGCCGUCAUCCUGCAUUAACUAUACCUGCAAGUUCUCUUGUAGGUCACAGCAAUAGUCAAAGAUGAAUCCGUCGUCGGCGGGAAUCUGGUGCAAUCCACCGCCCCCAGGCACGGACGAGGACCUGUCCAAUAGCUCGGUCAAAAAGGACAGCCCCGAGCGGGCCAUAGACCGAAUCGACCCGUUCCUAAAGAGCUCCGAGUACAUAAAGUACGAGCGCAAGCUGGAGCACCGGCGGCGGUCGCGCUCGCGCUCGCGCCACCGCCGCCACCGCUCCAGGUCGCGGGGGCGGCACAGGCACCGCCGACGCCGCCACAGCUCCUCGCGGAGCCGCUCUCGCAGCCGCAGCCGCCGCCGCCACAAGCGCAGCAGACAUUCCAGGUCGCACUCCCGCACGAGAUCGCGCUCGAGGUCGCACAGGCGCCGCAGGAGGUCCAGGAGCAGGAAGCGCUCGCACUCGCACUCGCACCAGAAGCCCGAGCCGCCCGUCGAGGACAAGACGAAGGUCGAGGAGGACGUAGAGGACGAGGAGGAGGAGGCGUCCAACGAGAACAUGUUCAAGAACGACGGCUCGUUCAUGGAGAUGUUCAAGAAGAUGCAGGAGGAGCAGAAGAAGAAGGAGGCGGAGAGUGCGGCGGAGAGCAGGGCGCCCCAACCGGCCUUCGGCAAGCGCAGGGGCGGCAAGGUGCUCAAGACAGGAAUGGUGCAGAAGACGAAAUCGAUGAACCAGGAGGAGGGAGACGCGCAAGAUGCGUGGACUUUGUACAUGAAAGAAGUGAAACGAUACAAAGAAGCGUGUUGUGAUGACGAUUCCAAAACGAGACUACUCGUUAAAUAG